ACUGACGUAUGUGUAUUCAUAUGUAUUCAGUACUACUGAAUCGUGUUUUAAAGGUUCUUUACACCGAACUGUUCAAAAGAAUCGAUUCCCAAAAGUGAAUCGGACCUCCGAGCGCUACUUCCGUCGCACACAUUUUGCGAAAGCAAUAGACAACUUGAAGUUGUCGGCGCAUUUCAGCUUAUGAGUCGCACGAGAUUUCGAAGAGUUAAAUGAGUGCCACGGCCGCGGAGGACGAGUGGGAGGAAGAGGAGCAGCUGGUGGUGGCGGAGCUGUCCGGGAUGGUCAGCUCUGAUCUGAUUUCCAGUCGGCAGGGCGCGUGUAAGAUCGUGGACAUUGACAGCGAGCAGCCCAUGAUGCAGGUGGGCCGCUACCUGUUCGCCGGCGAAUACGAGGAUGCCGUCGGUACCUGCGUGAUUUUUGAAGAGGACGGCGCAGGUUCUAAUCCAGCUCUUAGGUACAAGUGUCACACAAUGAAGAAGCUGAUGCUUCAGCGGACCUUCCUGUCGGAGAGGAAAGAGGACGAGCCCGUCUCCAACCGAAUAGAGGUGCUGGCUCUCCACGAGGAAGAGGCGUUCGGCAGGAAGAGCGCGGUUUGUCACUACCUGGAUCCCAUAGGCACUGAGAAAUCUGCUCUGGACGAAUCCAAAGAUUGCGAGGAGUCGGAAAUGAGCGACGAAGGCGCGGAUGAAACGGAUGAGACUCAGACUCUGGAGAACUCCGCGGAGGAGUCGAUGAACGCCAGCUGCUGUCCUCAGCUCAGCAAUACACAGGAAGGGGACGAUGGCUCUUAAAAGACUAAGAGCCAAGUGUAAAUAAGAUUUCUGGUUAAUAAAAGUGCUUUUGUAUUUUGUGCAUCAGUUGUUCGGGGUGUGUGUCUGUCUCUUGCGAAAGGUGGAGAGAGCAAACAUUUUCGCAAAGCAAUGCCAAAAUUGUCUUAAAUAGCCAGAGGUGCGUUUCCCAAAAGCAUCUAGGAGGUGCAAGUUCCGUUGUUACCGACAGAUUUAACAAAGCCAUGGAUUUUUACAAAUGCAUUCCAACUUACCAAAACAUACAGCAGGAACUGAACCACUCAAA